UUAAUACUUAAAUGUGUACUAAUUUAUAAUAUAUUUUUCUCUUAUGACAGUCAUGGGAACAUUGAGAAUUCACCAUGUUGGCAAUUUUUGCAUGAGUAGUAAUGACGAUCUUAAGUAUGUUGGAGGUGAAGUACAUGAUGAGGAUAUUGAAUAUCAUCGAGUUGCAAAGUUUGGUGAUGCAUUAAAAGGUAUAGCUGGCCAAGUGGAAUUUCAUCACAUGUGUUACCUCUUGAAUGAAAGUAUUCCAUGUCAUGCAGUUGAUGAAACUAAUGAUAGUGUUGUGAAUAAGGAAGUAGUAAUUGAAGGUCUAGAGGUGGAGGGUCCACAGGGAGGCAAUAAGAUUGAUGUAGAUGGGGACAUUGGGGAUGGCUAUAGUGAGAGAGAUGUUCGUGAUGAGGAGGAGGUUCAUGACGAUGAGGAGAAGGUUCAUGAUGAUGAGGAGAAGGUUCAUGAUGAUGAGGAGAAGGUUCAUGAUGAGGAAGAGGAGGUCCAUGAUGAUGAUGAAUUCCUUGAUGCUUUAGACAGUGAUGCGAAUGAUGAAGAGGUGGUUAAAGCCAUUAGAAAAGUAAGGGAGAUUAUAGGAAAUCAAAAAAAGAGUAGAGCCAGUACAAUAAACAAUGCAAAUGGUGAUGGUGCUAGGCCAAGUAACAUAGUUCAUGAGCCCCAAAACAAAGAUAGUGAAGAGGAUGAAAGGGUUCCUGUUGAAAAUGAUAGUGACAGAGAUGAUAGUUUUGAUUUUACAUCCCUAAACAGUGAAAAAGAAUGUGAGAUUUGUAGUGAUGAUUUGUGUGAAUAUAGUGAUGAGGAAAAUGAAGAGAAAGAUGAAUUCACUAUCCAUGCAGAUACAAGAACUAGAAGAAGUGCUGAUGGUGGUUUAACCCUUCAUGAACUGAUGUUUGGUUUGAGGUAGGAAUGAAGUUUGAGCAUGCAU